UGGGAGACAAAAAUGGCUCAAUUUCCAUGUCCUCGUGAACGAGUUGCAGCUUCAGCUCUGCUCCUCCUCUCAACUAUGCCUCCCCUACCUUCUUCGUCUUUGUCUUCUUCAAUGUUCGUGUUCGAGUUCAAGGAUGAAGAAUCGAAUCUAUCGAGCGAUGUACAUAGCAAGAUCAAGAGCUGGAGCGGGAGCUUAUUUUCGACUGACUCGAAAUCGUGCGAUUCGUCUAUCUCCACUGAUCGGUCGACGGAGGAGAUUUCAACUCGUUCGACGAGGAUCGUUCCUGUUGCGUCUGGCUGGAAUGAGAUGAAGUUUAAGGCCCUGCGCAAGAAUCGGUCGAAGAUCCACAAGAGCUCAACCCGAUGGAAAUUCAGUUCCGGCGAGAGCUCGAUGAUGACGUCCUCCGCAUCCGGAUCCGCGGAUAUUUCCUGCCAGUCCAGUAGCACUAUUUGUAGCGCAGAUUCGAGCGCGGGGAGCCGGUACACGACCUUUGGCAAGGGAAGAACGCACGUUGGCUCGGCUCACAUUCGGCGUCGAGCCGAUGGCAUUCUGAAUAUGCUUUCCGAUGGUUGUUACUCUGAAGUGAGAAUACGCCAAGUUCUCGGCGACAGUCCAGACACCAGCAAAGCCCUGAGAAUGUUGUUAAAGCUUGAGGAGGUUAGCAGAUCAGGCACAGGAGGGCGUCAGGACCCUUACAUUUACAAGAUUGCAUCACAUUGUAGGAAAUAGAGCUGAUCCGAUUAAGUACAGCUGAGGGUUUAAUUCAUCAUUCCCACUAAUUGGGAAAAUUUUGCUCCUACGGAUUGCUAUAUGUCGAAAAAAAAUAA